GGAUUGGUCAGUGUGCAAAUUCCAAGCUUGUGACAGAUACAGGAAGUCACGUUACUCUCCGCAUACAUCUGAUGUGUAUGCCUACGUUCGAUACUCUCUCUAUCAUAAACUCUUGGUACUAUACUGUACUUAUUAAACGUGAGAAGGAUUCAGGAUAGCGGCCAUUAGCAAUGGCACAACGCACUGUAAGCUCUGAAAGUAUUCAAAUCUGGUUGCAGCUGGUUGAUAAUCAUCUUACGCCAGAGAGUGUUGCUUUUCUUAAGUUAGGUCUCUACCCUCGCAUAAAAUUUGUGUCCUAUGAGCAGAUAUUGAAACCAUCACAGCUUUACAAUUAUCUUCUUGCCAGUCAUGGCAGUAGACCAGGAGACGAGAAGCAAAUACUGCAAGUGUUCGCCAAUGCCCUAAAACAGCUGGGUGAAGAGUUAAGGGGAGUUCAUCUUGUUGACUGCAUGCCUGCCUAUGGACUUGACAUUCCACUUCCGCUGAAGGAUCAUGAGCUUACAAAGGACGACAAGUUUUACUCGUGCCUUGUGAGAGUUGGAAUCAAGUCCAGAGGUUUGGAAUUGGAGCUAAGACUUCAGAAGCACUUCUGCCGCCCUUCGUAUUUGAAUAUGAAUUACCAAAAUCUCAAACAUUUGCCAGACCUUUUUGUAAGGCUUAUUCAGAAUAAGCUUAUUGGGUGCGAUUACACUGAAGAGCUACUGAAAGCAUUCACAAAGUAUGGUGCACGUCAGUGCAUCAAAUGCCUCGACCAGUACUACCACAGCGUUGAUUUGCCUAGAGUACCUACUUAUCAAUCAGAUACAUGUUCAUCAAGUCGUGAUCAGAAAACGUCAGGUCUCAAUUGUGGGUUAUCUAUUCAUUACUCAUAUUUUCUAAUUAAUUUACUCAUAGCGUCUUCUGAAGUUCUUUCCGAAUGUGAAAGGAAAAAGCUGUUGCAACGAAAACGCAAAUCACGACGCAGAUUACAGGAGUUAAGUGAAUUUGUGGAUCAACCUAAAGGUCACUCGAUAAACAAUGAAGAAGUAUCAAGGAGUGCCCCACAAAAUGGCUCAAUCUUUAAUGAGAUAAUUACUGAAGCUUCAGAAGCCACGGUGACAUCAAAUGCUCAGAAGCAGCAACAGGCACCAAACGACGAAUCAAACUCAAGCACUGAUCAUGAAUCCUCAGAUGAUGAAGAAAUUGAACAUUUUCUUCCUAAACCCGCAAGAAGUAUAGGAUUCCCUACUCAAGGUCCAAGGAAGGCUUUUUGUACCAAGUUCUGUUGUGUUGGAGCGAUAGUAGGCCUGCUGAUGUUUCUGGUAGUGGUUGGUGUUGUGUCUGGCACUGCUUGGAUACAUCUAAUAAAGACAAAGCCAAUGUCCACACAAGGAAAGGAAGGAAACAUCAUUGUUCUUGGGCGUAUCAACCACUUUUUCGUCAGAAUUGUUGAUGUCUAUGGAUAUCGGAUAAUUGAGCCUGUGGGCGUUUAUCGGUAUGAUGGGGACUGUGCUAAUUUACCAGCUAAUCCAAGCCCUCAGCAUAUAAAACAUUUAAAAAAUAUAACUAAUAUGUAUCUUCUUGAAGGUACAGAGUUCAUUUAUGAUUUGCAGCUGUUGGAUACCAACAAUAAUGCACAUGUUGAUGUCUACUUGACUAUUGGCCUCGAAGUAUAUGGUUUCAAUCCCUUGGAUGAAGAGAAUGUAGUUUGUCAUAACAAAGCCUUUUCUGAUGGGAAAACCCAUCAUUGCGUGCAUAGAGUGACCGAAAGUACAUACUACAAUCUAAACAUUCUUUUGUCUUUCCCAAUCGCAAAUACCGAGUAUCACAUGAAUGUAAGCUUUGACAACAAGUCUAUUAUCACCACACACCUUGAGCAUAUAUGCACUAUUGCGAACAAAGAGCAUUGUGUUAUCCCUUUCUCAUUUUCUGGCUCAUUAGCAUGCUUGGUGGGAAACAUUUCGAAUACAACUGCGGACGAUGUAUUUUAUGUUGAUGUCAACACUAUUGCAUUUCAGAUUUCCCCUGUGUUGGGAAUUACUGUCACAAUAGUGCUACUUUUUCUUUUAGUUUUUUUACUCUUUUGUUGUUGCUGUCUUUAUACCAGGCAUAAUUUCUGCUUGUGAUGUAUGUGUGUUUUGCUUUGCCAAAUCGAAAAACAAGGUAGUGUCGAGCCGUA